AUAUGCGGAAGUAAACAGUAGAGGUAACGGCGCAGAUCCGCGCGGCGGUCAAAAUGUUCGUUUCCAGCUCGAGACAGACGUUUUUAAAGCCGGUGAUUCCCUUCGCCGGGACGAUCCUCGGUGGUUUGUGUCCAGGUGAGAUGGUUCUCAUCCAGGGUUCAGUUCCGUCAGACUCUGACAGGUUCCAGGUGGACUUCACGUGUGGCAGCAGCAUGAAGCCGCGCGCCGACGUGGCGUUUCACUUCAACCCGAGGUUUCGCAGGUCGCCGUGCGUCGUGUGCAACACGCUGCAGAAGGAGCGCUGGGGCCGCGAGGAGAUCCUGCGCCAGGCGCCGUUCACCGCCGGCGAGGCCUUCGAGCUCGUCGUCCUCGUCCUCAGAGACGAAUUCAAGGUGGCAGUGAACGGUGCCCACCUGUUGCAGUACAAACACCGUGUGGCGCUGGAGCGCAUCGACACACUCUGUAUCUCUGGAAAGGUCAGCGUUGGAGCUGUGGGCGUGGUCCCGCCUGCGUCGAUUUCUCCGGCUGCCAGUCCAACCAAUCAGGACUCAGAGAGGAAGGCAAUAAUUUCCUUGUCGGGAAACUUGCUGGUUCCGUUCACUGGUAACCUUAGCGACGGCCUCAAAGUGGGACGAAGCAUCUCCAUCAAAGCAGAAACUAAUGAAAACGCUCGCAGUUUCUGCGUGAACCUGCGACCUUCAGACGGCGGCGACAUCGUGCUGCACCUGAACCCUCGGCUCACAGUCUCCGCCUUCAUCAGGAACUCCUUCCUGCGCGAGAGCUGGGGCAUCGAGGAGAAGACGCUGGACUCGUUCCCCUUCACAGCUGGACAGUACUUUGAGAUGAUCGUCCGAUGUGACUCGCACUUCUUCAGAGUCGCUGUGAACGGAACCCACCUGCUGGACUACAAACACCGGGUCCAGGACCUGGACCGGAUCACAGUGGUGGAGGUUCAGGGAGACGUCCGUCUGCUGGACGUCAAGAUCUUCUGAUCACACACACACACAGGAAGUGCCUGCUGCUGCAAUAUUACACCAGACCAGCAGGGGGGCGUCUCAGGGUCGAGGAGACGUUUAUUUCUGGAAAUGCUUCAUUACAUUACAUUACAUUACAUUACAUUUACUUUUAUCCAAAGCAACUGACAAUAACAGCUUCACUGAUUGGUUGAUUGAAGAGCAGAUGACACACCCCCUUAUCAACUCUGUGUGAAAGAUGCAUCGACGAGGAUGACGUCACGCGCUGAGAAGACGCCAGAGGACGCGUCCCCGACUCCGAGGGUAAUUCAUGACUAAACAAAUGUCAUUUGAUAACUUCUCUUUCACACGAGUCACGCGUGGAUUUGAAUGUUUUACAUCAUGACGAUGAUGAAGAUGAAGACGCAAACCUGGAAGAUUCUGGUGAUUUUGAAUAUUUCGCUUCAGAUUAAAGAAAAACUGUCAUUUGUUUACAAAUAAACAGCGAAUGAAAAUUCGAAAA